AUGGAGAAGGAGCGCGCCAACAAGAAAAGCAAGCGGACAGCAAGAAGAAUGAAGACGCCAUGCAUAAAGGACCCCUGUGUCGGUCUGCAAACGUGCGUUCCAAACUACAACGACGGAAGCUACAAAUGCCGAUGUCUGCGAGUCGGUUUUUCGGGUGAUUACUGCCAAGAAUGUGACACGACAAAUGGAUGGAGACGGUUCAACAUAUCUUGCUAUAAGUUUUUUAGCGAAGUGGCUAAGUGGAAAGAGGCGAAGAAGCGUUGCGCAGACAUUGGAUCAAUUUUAGUUCCAAUUCAUUCCGUCAAUGAAAAUGAUUUCAUAUCCUCCCUGCUUCCCGAUGCAGAAACCACUGCAUGGAUUGGAGCAAACGACAUGGGUACGGAGGGGAACUGGGUCUGGGUGGACAGGAAAAACUGGGGCGAGUAUGAAAACUGGUCUGGAAACAAUCCCAAUGGCGACGUCAGAGAAAACUGCGCGCUGAUACAAUCUGGACGGUGGAAUGAUGUAUCCUGCGGUUUGAGACGUUACUAUGUUUGUAAAACGAAAAAUUAA